AUGGCAAGCAACGCAAAGUCAAGAUGGGCAGACAGCGAGGAGGAUGCCGCUCUAGAGGCCAAGCUCAAACGGGAAAAGGAGGAGAAGAAGCGCCUCAAGGCCGAAAAGGCGCGUGUAGCCGAGGCGGAACGAUUAGCGCAACAAACGAGGGCGAGUAUCGAUAAUGGCUCCAUGAGCGGCAACGAUGGAAAUGGCGACUCACGGCCAGCGAAACGACGCAAGUUCGCCCCGGACGCAGACAGUGGGAGAGAACCCGCCACGGCGGAUGAUGCGUUGGACAAGAAAGAAGGCGCCGCGAGGCUCAUGCGCUUCCCGUUCGGCCGCUGGGGCAAGUGCCGGAGCGUGGAGAACUACGACAAGCUCAACGACAUCGAAGAGGGCACGUAUGGAUGGGUGUCGCGAGCGAAGGAGACCGCGAGCGGCAAGGUGGUUGCGCUGAAGCGGUUGAAGAUCGAGCCGAGCGACCGCAACGGGUUACCGGUGACAGGCCUGCGGGAGAUACAGAUACUGCGCGACUCCAGUCACCGCAACAUCGUCAAUCUGGAAGAGGUUGUGGUAGGAGACGACACGUCAAAGAUUGAAAACAUAUUCCUUGUACUAGAAUUCGUGGAACACGACCUUAAGAGCAUACUAGAAGAUAUGCCCGAGCCCUUCCUCCUGUCCGAAGUCAAGACACUGCUCCGGCAGCUGACGGCGGGCGUUGCGUACCUCCACGACAACUGGGUCCUCCACCGCGAUCUCAAGACGUCGAACCUGCUGCUCAACAACCGUGGUCAGCUUAAAAUCGCCGACUUCGGCAUGGCGCGGUAUGUCGGCGACCCCCCGCCGAAACUGACGCAGCUCGUCGUGACCCUGUGGUAUCGCUCGCCAGAGCUGCUCCUCGGCGCGCGAGCUUACGGUCGCGCCGUCGAUAUGUGGAGCGUCGGCUGCAUCUUUGGCGAGCUGCUCACACGCGAACCCCUGCUGCAAGGCACCAAUGAGGUCGACCAGGUGACCAAGAUCUUUGAGCUCUGCGGUGUGCCCACGCAGGAGUCGUGGCCGUCGUUCCGGAGCCUGCCCAACGCGCGCUCGUUGCGUUUUCCUAAGACAUCGCUGGUCACGGGAUCCGUAAUCCGGACCAAGUUCACGACGUUGACGAAUGCUGGGUGCGCGUUGCUGAAUGACCUGCUGUCCCUGAAUCCAGACUCAAGGCCGUCAGCCAAGGAGAUGUUGGAACACAAGUACUUUAGGGAGGAUCCGAAGCCUAAAAAGGAGGGCAUGUUCCCGACCUUCCCCAGCAAAGCGGGCCAGGAGAGGAGAAGACGACAUGAGCCAAACGCCCCUAUCCGCGGUCAAAACGCUGUUGAGCUGGGUGACGUUGACUUUAGCGGCAUCUUUCAAGGGAGAGACAAGGAGGAGAGGGGCGGCGGCUUCUCCCUGCGCAUGGUGUAG